GUAUUCUUUGUUCAAGUGUAGCGCCAUGGAAAUAUUCAGUUCAUCUCUCCAUGGCCAUCCUGCUAUCUCUCUGCCAUCCAUCCAUUUCUCCUCACCAGAACCAUUCCCUUACCUCCCGGCUCGUGCCCCUUACGGCGGGCUUCUUCUGCUUGCCUUUCUCGCGGCGUGCGGCCAUUCUCGAGAUUGCUGCCGUGUCCCUAUCCUUAACCUUACCGGCGUCUGCCAUGGGCUCAUCUUCACCGAAUGCAGCCCUAGAUGGAAUCUCCAACACGAGAUCCUGGUUUCAGUUCUUUGGCGAUGGAUUUUCCAUCCGCAUCCCUCCGUUCUUCGAAGACGUAAUGGAGCCUGAGGACUUCAGUGCUGGACAAACAUUUUAUGGUGAUAAGGCAAAACCUAAGAUGUUUGCUGCUCGUUUUGCUUCUCCUGAUAGAUCUGAAGUUUUGACUGUGGUGAUUCGGCCAUCUAAUCAACUGAAGAUAACUUUUCUAGAGGCUAAGGAUAUUACUGAUAUUGGCUCACUUAAGGCGUCAGCCAAGAUCUUUGUCCCUGGAGGUGCAAAUUUGUAUGCUGCCCGGACAUAUAGAAUCAAAGAACAAGAAGCCCUUAGGACCUACUACUUCUAUGAGUUUGAAAUUAAUGGACAGCACGUUGCUUUAGCUGCUGGAAUUGAUAGUGGCAAGACAUACAUUGCAGGAGCAGCUGCGCCACAGGUGAAAUGGAAAGAUGAUGGUAUUAAGCUGCGCUCUGCUGCCUUAUCUCUUACUGUUCUAUGACUAUAUAUAAAUUUUCUGGAAUUGUUUAGCCACAAAAGUUUCUGUGGGAAACCAAGUCUAUUUCAUUUUAUCAAUAUUGUUGUUUGUUUAUGUAAUAUUAGAGAUUUGAGUGUCAUGCAUGCAAUUAUAGAAGUUUAGGUGUUAGAUAUGUAAAUACA